CCCAUCAGACAACGGUUCUGUGUAACAGCAAACCCACAGUGAGAAAAAUCAUUUCAAACCUCGGAUGGGAGAGACUCCCAGCGGGCGCGAGAAAAAAGGAGCGUACAGGCCAAAAGAAGGAUUGAAGUGUUUGUACUCUACAGCCACAGCAGGAGGCAACGCCAGCUGGACACUAAAAGGAUAAUAAGCAAGCGAGGAGGAGGGUGAAGGGACCCGGAGCAAAGGAUACUGCUCUUUGUUUGGAUUGGCGUGUUCUCUCUCGUGGAUUUCUCCCGUCCCUCUUCCUGGGCUCACAGCAAAGUGGGGGAGGCAGAGUGGCAGCCACCGCCGGGAUGAAGUACAACUACCAUGUGCCAGUGUCAACGUACACCCGCAGCUCGCAGUACACGCCAGCUUACCACACGCCAUCCUAUCACACCCCCUCACACUACACACCGACGCACUACACACCCUCAUACACCUCCACGACAAAGUACACGCCCACACAGUACAGCUCGACGCACUACACGCCAUCGCGCCUCACGUCCACCUACAAGGCCGCGUCGACGUACGUCCCUUCGUACAGCAAGGGCUCACGGUACAGCUCAACACAGCGCACGCAGGCACAGGAGCGUCCCGCACCCGUGAUCCCGGUCACACCCACAAAGAGGACUGUGCACUUCCCCAAUGACAUCAUCUUCCAGGAUAUAGUGAGGCGGGGGGACUUGGAGCAAAUCGGUCGGUUCAUGAGAGCGAGGAAGGUGCGCGUGGAUACGCUCUUCCACUCAGGUAUGGCGGCACUGCAUGAAGCCGUGCUGACGGGGAACCUGGAGGUGGUGAAGCUGCUGGUGAAAUACGGCGCCGAUGUCCAUCAGAGGGACGAAGACGGCUGGACGCCACUUCACAUGGCCUGCAGCGACGGCUACCCAGAAAUCGCCAGGUAUCUGCUGUCGAUGGGAGCCAGCACAGAGGCCGAGAACGAAAGUGGAGAGAAGCCUGCAGACCUCAUCGACCCAGACUACAAAGAUCUGGCCAAACUGUUUGAGGCGGGCUGUGUGUGACUGGGCACCAAAUGGACCCAGGAGAGAAGGAAGGAAAGAAAGAAAGAAAGAAAAAAAGAAAGAAAGAAAGAAAGAAAGAAAGAAAGCCGACCAGACUCUUGGAGAGGAUGAAAAAAAAAUGUAUUUAGAAGUGUACAGUAUCAAAGAAACUUGUAGCAAGUUGGAAGAAGAGAUGAGGUCCUGCCACUGAUGCUGUAAAGCAACAUGUGCAGCACAAGUUGAUUUUUUUUUUUUUUAAAUAAUAGCCA